AUGUGGGUCCUGCGGCCACACGACAUCGAGGAUUUACUAAAACAGCAGGAGAAGGUCAUGGACUUGUGCCAAAAGGAUCUCACCCUGGCGCACCAGGAGCCUGUGAGGUUCAGCAGCUGUAAGGCCAAGCGCAGGAGGAUCAUCAAUGUGGUGCAGAGGCAAGCGGCCAACGUGCGGGAGAGGAAGAGGAUGUUCAGCCUUAACGAGGCCUUCGACGAACUGCGGAGGAAAGUCCCCACGUUUGCUUACGAAAAAAGACUGUCCCGUAUCGAGACUCUGCGGCUGGCCAUUAUCUACAUCUCCUUCAUGCGGGACCUGCUCGAGAACACCUGA